AUGCUGUCACUCUUUCAGAUCCCUUCGUUUCCUGUAGAGGAAAUAUUAUCUUACCUUCGUGAGUACGAGCAGUGUGCUCUUGACUACGGCGACCAGUUGCAAUAUUUGAGCAUGAAAAAGGAUGUAUAUGCCGUUAUUUCCCUUCCGGAUGCCUCACAGAACUUCAUAGACACGGUCUGCCUUCUUUGUGCCUCUGUGGAUUUGCCCGAACAUUGGUUAGCGUUUUGGCAAGGCACCCUCGUGGAUGUAGGCAACAACUUUCGUAUAGGCUACGUAACCAGGGCACAUCUGUUAUUGGAACGGCAUUUAAAACAUGCUCACGGCUUCGUAAACCGGGUUGUAAACAAAAAGAUAAUGGAUUUACGUGAACAGUUAACGAAAAUAGCAUUCUCACUUGAAAGGGUGAUUUCGUUCGAGAGCCUCUCCUAUCGAGGAAGCACGGCAGAAAAUGGGUUUCGACAUGGUUUCUCUCAUGACGAAGUUGUAGAGACGAGCGAAGAAAAAUCUCUGCCCGUUCACGACAUCCGCUCGAAAAUAGAGGUUUACAAAUCAGCCGAGGAGUGUGAGAUCAUAAUUAAGCGUUUCAAAUGCAAGUUCAGCUGGAUGUUUGAAGGAUGUGCACUGCGAUGA